AUGCGUAAUGUGGCCAUUUGGACCAAAAUACCCCGAUCUAGACCAAUUGUCUAUAAUCCCUGUAUAGUUCAUGUAUUGAUAAGUAUGAGAGAAAUAGUUCUUUGGAUAUGGGUCACCGUCCUAUUGGAGCCUCCAAUAAGUACAGGCCAAACGUAUGGGCUUGCCUACAUGUACCUUUUUUGUUUCAAAGAGGUUGGACUAUUAUUUACACCAACCAAGAAGAGGUUUUUCUCUUCCUCCUCUUCGCCCCCUCCUGCUCCUCUUUCCACAUUGUCUGUCUCUGAUUCCUUCCGACAUGGCACACCCAUUAAAUCCUGGUACCAACAACGUGUAUUGUGUUCCCAAACAACUGGACUGAUGUUUGACGACGGUGAGUGGUCAAGUUGGAGGUGCCUCGGUUAUCUUUGCUGGUGGUGCAGUUGUAUUAUAGAGGAUCAGUGGAGGCAAAUGAUGAAAACUUGUCUAGGAAUGAGAAAAUUCUUAUUCAGCAUUGUUGAUAUAACUAAUAUUGAUGUUCCACUCUAUCUGUUUUUAGUUUUGGCAACCUCUCUUUGA